AUGGCAUUUGGGAAAGGACGUGGAAACAAACGCUCUUCUACGUCGUCUUAUGCAUCGACCAUAACAAUGGUCGUGUUUGUAGCUUUGUGUGUCAUAGGUGUAUGGAUGCUCUCUACCAACUCCUUUAUUCCAUCACAGAUCACACAAGCUACAACUCGAACGGUCAUUGCAGAGACGGAGAGGAGUGAUGUGUCCGCCUCUUCAAACGCGAACGAUGAACCAGAACCAACAAAACCGGAGUCUAAUGAGAAUCCAACGUUUCAAGACAAUCCAGGAAAGCUUCCAGAAGAUGCCAUAAAGUCUGAAGACGAACAACAAAAGUCAGCAAAAGAGAAGACAAGCUCCUCAAAGGCAGGAGAUGAAGGAGAAAGGCAAAUUCAAAAACUAGAGACAGAAACACAACAGAACAAUGAGAAAGAGAAUAAGAAGAACGACGAGGGUCAAGUGAAAGAAGUUGUUAAGGAGUUUGAGAAAGAACAAAAGGAACAGCGAGAAGAGGACGCUGGGAGUCAACCAGGUAACAACAAAGGAACACAAGAGCAAGAGAGUGUACAAGGGAAAGACACGCAGGAUGUGAAACAAGGGCAAGAUCAGGAUUCGAAUACGGACGUGACGUAUACAGAUGCGACCAAAGAAGAACUACCUAUGGAGGUGGGGAAGAGAUACGCAUCACAGAACUCAAAGAAUCAAGAAAACGGUCAACAACAACAACAAGAGGAUCAAAAUUCAAAGAAUGAAGAAAACGGUCAACAACAACAACAACAAGAUGAACAAAACUCAAAGAAUGAAGAGAACGGACAACAACAACAACAACAAGAGGAUCAAAACUCAAAGAAUGAAGAAAACGGACAACAACAACAACAACAACAACAACAACAACAAGAGGAUCAAAACUCAAAGAAUGAAGAAAACGGACAACAACAACAACAACAAGAGGAUCAAAACUCAGGGAAGGAAGAUAACGGACAGCAAAACAUGGAGAACAACAACAUAGUUAGUGAUGAAAACGGGAAGGAUCAGAAGAGCAUGAAGGACGAGAACGGACAAGAAGAAGAACAUAAGACUCCAGAGGAACAAAGCACAACAAAGGAAGAAAACGUAGAGCAACAACAACAAGAAGAGCAAAAAGAUGAGAAGAGACAAGAGGGCUCAGGAGCGAGCGGGUUUGGUUCUGGAAUACCGAAAGAAUCUGCAGAAUCACAAAAGUCAUGGAAGAGUCAGGCAACAGAGUCUAAGGACGAGAAACAAAGACAGACAUCUGAAUCAAACAAUGCAGAUAGUAUAAUGAGUGCAAAGGCAUGGGAGUUGUGCAAUGCAACUGCAGCAUAUGAUUAUAUACCAUGCCUAGACAACGAAGAAGCUAUAAAGAAACUGACGAGUAGAGGACAUUUUGAGCAUAGAGAGAGGCAUUGUCCAGAAGACCCACCAACAUGUCUUGUCUCCCUCCCAGAAGGGUAUAAGGAGUCCAUCAAGUGGCCUGAAAGCAGGGACAAGAUAUGGUACCACAAUGUCCCACACACAAAGCUAGCAGAGGUGAAAGGACAUCAGAACUGGGUGAAGGUCACUGGCGAGUUCUUGACGUUUCCUGGUGGUGGGACACAGUUCAUCCAUGGAGCUCUUCAUUAUAUAGAUUUUCUUCAGCAGUCUUUAAAAAACAUUGCGUGGGGUAAAAAUACUAGGGUUGUACUGGAUGUUGGAUGUGGAGUGGCUAGCUUUGGUGGCUUCCUCUUUGAAAGAGAUGUUAUAGCCAUGUCUCUUGCACCAAAAGAUGAACAUGAAGCUCAAGUUCAGUUUGCUCUUGAAAGGAAGAUUCCAGCCAUCUCUGCGGUGAUGGGCACUAAGCGAUUACCAUUCCCUAGCAGAGUGUUUGACCUUAUCCACUGCGCACGUUGUAGAGUCCCUUGGCACAAUGAUGGUGGCAUGCUUCUUCUUGAACUUAACCGGAUGCUUCGGCCAGGAGGUUAUUUUGUGUGGUCAGCAACACCAGUUUACCAGAAGCUUGAAGAAGAUGUUCAAAUCUGGAAAGAGAUGUCUGCGUUGACCAAAUCCAUGUGCUGGGAACUUAUAACAAUCAACAAGGAUAAACUCAAUGGCAUUGGUGCUGCCAUUUACCAGAAACCUACCACUAAUGAGUGUUAUGAGAAACGAAAGCACAAGAAGCCUCCUAUGUGUAAAAACAACGAUGAUUCAAAUGCAGCCUGGUACGUACCACUACAGGCAUGCAUGCAUAAAGUUCCCACCAAUGUGGUUGAGAGAGGGAGCAAGUGGCCCGUGAGCUGGCCUCGCCGGCUUCAAACACCUCCUUAUUGGCUAAACAGCUCUCAAAUGGGGAUCUAUGGGAAGCCAGCUCCACUAGACUUCACUACAGAUUAUGAGCACUGGAAGCACGUUGUUAGCAAAGUAUACAUGAAUGAAAUGGGAAUCAGCUGGUCUAAUGUGAGGAAUGUAAUGGAUAUGCGAGCUGUCUAUGGAGGGUUUGCAGCAGCUCUUAAAGACUUGCAAGUGUGGGUCAUGAAUGUUGUAAACAUAAACUCACCAGAUACAUUACCAAUAAUCUACGAGAGAGGCUUGUUCGGAAUAUAUCAUGACUGGUGUGAAUCUUUUAGCACAUACCCUCGAAGCUAUGAUCUCUUGCAUGCAGAUCAUCUCUUCUCCAAGUUGAAAGCAAGGUGCAAUCUUGUUCCAGUAAUGGCAGAAGUUGAUAGAAUAGUAAGACCAGGAGGCAAACUAAUAGUCCGUGAUGAAGCCAGUGUGAUAAGAGAAAUAGAGAAUAUGUUGAAAUCACUGCACUGGGAUGUUCAUCUAACCUUCUCCAAACACCAAGAAGGAAUAUUAAGUGCACAAAAAGGAUUCUGGAGACCAGAUGCACCUCAAACUUCCGCCUGA